GGGGAUUCGAUGCUUUCUACUUUCCACCGGCAGUGGAGGUCGAAUAGUUGACAAAAACUUCAAGCGGCAGUGAUGCCUGAUGUGCUGCGACUUGGCCACAAUAUUGGAGGAAUGCGCUUUUGUCGCUCACAGGGGGUGGAGUUAGAAAGUGAACGAGCGCUGCCUACCAAACAGACAGAGGAGAAGGAGGAGAGAAAGAGAGAGGGGAGAGAGACGGGUGGGCAGGCUGCUCACCGUAACGAUGGUUGUCGGAUAGAGUCUUGAAGACCUCAUGAAACUGGCUGCUUGAAUUGUUCGCACCGUUUCCACACCUCAGACUCCUCGUGCUUUUUUUUUUUUUUUUUUUUUGCAUCAUAAGGGAACGAAAGAAACUGCAGCUGAACAUUUGUGAAAACAGGUGGACUUACUUCAUAUGUGCUAUUUUACCACCGUUUUUUUUUUUUUUUUUUUUUUUUCACCAUUUCAAUAGCAGCGCUCAACUCUUACCGGAGGACCGUUUCAUGCUCGGAGGAAGACCGACCCCCUGCUUGGACCCGCUACCGGCCUCCUCCACUCCUCUGGCGGGCACAGCAGCAGCAGUUCCCGGCAUUUGCUGGGAUGUUUGAGUCGCGUUGUUUGGUGGGGUGAAGGGACCGAGAGAGUGGCCGGAGAGACCGAGGGACGGAGGCCGAGAGAGGAGCCGGGAGCAUGGCUCUGGUACCGCUGUCUCUCUGGGUGCUAACGAGUCUCACCUGGGCGAACCUGCUCCAGGUGUCAGCCAACAGACAUUCCGUUUACUGGAACAGCUCCAACAUACAUCUGCGUAGGGAAGGCUACACAAUGCAGGUGAAUGUCAACGACUACUUGGACAUCUACUGCCCUCAUUACAAUGACAGUCAGCGCAUGGUGGGCACCGGCGAGCAGUAUGUCCUCUACAUGGUCAGUUACCGUGGUUACAGGAACUGUGACCCCCAGCUGGGCUUCAAGAGAUGGGAGUGUAACCGACCCCACGCCCCCCACGCGCCCAUCAAGUUCUCUGAGAAGUUCCAGCGCUACAGCGCCUUCUCACUGGGCUACGAGUUCAAUGUUGGACAGGAGUACUACUACAUCUCCACGCCCACCCAUCACCACGGCCGCAGUUGUCUGAGACUACGAGUCUACGUCUGCUGCUCCACGGCCUCUGAUGUGCAUGAUGAGCCAGAGCCGACAGAACCAGACUACACACUUAGACCAGGCUUAAAACUUGACGAUAUCGAGGACUAUAACACAUUUGUUCCCAAGCUGGAGAAGAGUGUAAGCGGAAGCAGCCCAUCCAGGGAUCGCCUUCUCCUCACGGUUACGAUGCUCCUUCUGGCCGCUCUCUUCAUCUCCUAGCAACGGCCAUCCCAUCAGCAUCACCAUGCCAACUAGCCUUGGGAGGGUGUGCAGUAUCAGAGGAUAGAUGGGGGCAUGGGUGGGUAUGAGGAGGAGAAGAGGGGAGAGAGGAGAUACAACUUCUAGAGCAGAGGGCAAGAGGAGCAAGACCAAAAUGAAAGUUUUCAAGCAUCUCAGUGUGUGUGUGUGCGUGCGUCUGUGUGUUGGUGUAAUGCUGUGUUUGUGUACGGCUGUGUUUGUGUGUGGCUGUGUGUUUGAAGGAGUGUGGUUUUGGCGAAGGCCUUAGGGCACUGGCUGACACAGACUGAACCAUAUAUCACAUUAAAGUCAGCCUGUGCACAGAAGCAGGUGUGACUGUGAGUGAAUGUGUGUUUGUGUGUGUCUGUGUGUGCAUGUGUGUGUCUGAACAGGCCACAAGUUGAGCUUGUUGAAUCAUGCACACACACACAAAGCAUUUAUACAACAGGAGAGGCGGGGUUGAACUCUUAAUAAAAAGAAGCAAAGCAUUCAAUCCACCGACACAAUUGAGAUCAUUUGAGGACUUUCCCUUGGAUGUGAUUGGCUGUAACACUUCCUUAGGGCUAGUUGCCAUAGUUUCUUGCAACAAGACUUAAACUGAACUCAAAUGAACUGACUCAAAUAGAAUCAGCAAAACUGAACUGAAAUUGCCUUUUUUUUUGUUGUUUGUUGAUUUUUGAUGCUGGGAACGCGUCCCAGUCCACAGAGGAAAAAGGAGCCAGCUGAAGAACAAUGCUGGUCCUGUGUAUGAGACUAAUCGAAGUAGCUUAUAGUUCAUAAACACACCCUGGGACUCCAAAUACCAGUGUUUUAGUUGUCAUUUCCACUCUGCUGUGACAUCUUGUGUUCACCAUCAGUCUCCAGCACGUCUCUAAUGAAGGCAACAGACUGGUUGGGGUCAGGGGAAAAUACAGAGCAUUUAAUCAACCAAUCAUUUAAACAACCACCGAAUUAUUGGGGGAAAAUAAAGGGGAGGGAUUUAGAUGUGCCAUUGAUACAGACACUGCAAGGGUUUGUUGAUGUUGUUAAGUUGAUGUGUUACUUUUCUGUCCUGUCUCCGACGUAUUCCUCUGUCAUCUCCGAGGUUAACGAAGCACACGGUGGCUACAGACCAGCCAUGGAUAGACUCAGCAAUAUCCUCUCAGAGACAGUAGUGACUGCCGGCUGUUUGGACGAGAGGAGGAGAAGGAGGAGGCGGAGGAGGAGUAUGAAGGGUGAAAUGAAAGAGGAAGGACACUUUCACAAACAUCUCUGGACUGCUCCAAUCACAGAUAACACAAAGCCGUGUACCGGUCCAUGUUGGUGUAGCUCUAUCAGUCUCAUUCUCUGUAAACUCAUUUCUCAGAUGCCACAUGUAAACGAUUUUUGUUACUUUUACGUAUGGGUGCGCACAUACGCCUGUUUAUGCCCGUGUGCGACAACACUAUGGGAUGUGUGUCUGAGUAUGCACUUGAGUCUGUCUGAGAGCAAGGGAGAAUAUUUUAACCGCCUGAAAAAUACAUCCACAUACUGUACAUCUUAUACGUCUGAAAAUGCAAAAUAAAAAAAAAAUCAAAACACAACUAAAGCAACAAGUAAUACAUAAAAACCAAGUGCUUUGGUGGGGAGGUACGGCAAUUUAAAACUCAAACAACUGUAC